GGGAGGCGCUGGCUCCGCCAGCCCAAGCUGGCCGGGCGGUGGCAAAGGAGGCGGUGGCGGUAGGCAUGGGCGAUGGGGGCGCCGAGCGCGACCGCGGCCCCGCACGCCGGGAGUCACGCGGCGGGCGAGGCGGGGACCGCGGAGGAGCGGAGGACUCGAGCACUGAUGCCGGCCGCCGCAGCCCCAGAGAAAUUGCUGGGACCUCCGCCUCCAGCCCCGCGGGCUCCAGGGAGAGCGGCGCCGACAGCGACGGACAGCCUGGGCUCGGCGAGGCAGACCACUGCCGCCGCAUCCUGGUACGAGACGCCAAAGGAACCAUCCGGGAAAUUGUCCUGCCCAAGGGUCUGGACCUGGACCGGCCCAAGCGGACCCGCACAUCCUUCACGGCCGAGCAGCUGUACCGCCUGGAGAUGGAGUUCCAGCGCUGCCAGUACGUGGUGGGCCGUGAGCGCACUGAGCUGGCCCGUCAGCUGAACCUCUCCGAGACCCAGGUGAAGGUCUGGUUCCAGAACCGCCGCACCAAGCAGAAGAAAGACCAGAGCAGAGACCUGGAGAAGCGGGCGUCCUCCUCCGCCUCCAAGGCCUUCGCCACCUCCAACAUCCUGCGGCUGCUGGAGCAGGGCCGGCUGCUGUCCGUGCCCAGGGCCCCCAGCCUCCUGGCGCUGACCCCCGGCCCCCCGGGCCUGCCUGCCGGCCACAGGGGCACCUCCUUGGGUGACCCCAGGAACUCCUCCCCGCACCUCAACCCGCUGACCUCGGCCUCGGCGUCGCCUCCGCUGCCGCCCCCCCCGCCGGCCCUCUGCUUUUCCUCGGCCCCGCUCCUGGACCUGCCUGCCGUCUACGAACUGGGCUCCUCGGCCUUCGAGCCCUACAGCCGGCUGGAUCGGAGAGUCGGUAGCCCCGGCGGCGGCGGCAAGAAGGCUAACGCCUAGGCCUCCACCCCUGUGUGACACUGAGUCCCCGAGCACAGCAUCACCCCUGCCUCCCGGGCCGGAGAACAGGCAGGGCAGCCACACUCCCGGCCCCACCUCCCCCCAGCUCAGAGACUCUCCGAGGGACGGCGUCCGUCCCGCAGCUUGUGUGCGUGAGUGCAGUGUGCGCGCGCGUGUGCCUCUCACUGAAAUAAAAGGAAAACAAUGACAAGAAGGGAAA